AUGCGCUUCAACAGCAACAGCGGCGCCGCGGCGGAGGGCGGCCACAGCACGAGCCCGCGGAUGUUUUCUCCGCCCCUCACCCCUCCGUCGUCGCAUCCGAUGACGUCGACGUGGCCGAACGCGACGGCGGCGGCAGAGCAGGCGCGGCAGCCACACUACCCGCUCCACCCCUCCUCGCCACCGCUCCUCGACCUCACGCGCGCAAUGGACGAGACUGACAGAUCGUCGUGUGCCGCUGGUGCAAACUCCGGGCAGCGGUACUUCCACACCUCCUUGCUCAAGGAAACGGAGCAGGACAGGGCCGCAGACAGCUUCCACCACGCCUGGAUGACAACGCCGCAGUCCAAGUCGACUGGCGAGCUCGCGCCCAACGGCACAGACGAUCGCAGAAACCCCUCUACAACACUGUGGCACCGUAGCAGCGGCGCGGUGCAGCCGAUCAGCAACAGGGAUCGAGAAGCAGCCAACUGCAGCGACAUUGACUGUAGCGACGUGGAAUGUAACUGCAACGGCGGCCGUCUUCUUAGGGAUGAAGGCAGUGGUGCCGACAACCUCCACCACGUCCCCGCGGUGCGGCUCACAACCGAGGAGGAGCAAGCGGCGCGUCUGCGCGCGUACAACGAGAUGGUCGCCGGCGCCGCUGUCGGCAGCGAUGCGGGGGGGGGGGGGGGGGGGGGCGAUGGAGUUAUCGCCGCAAACAGUCGCGACUUCGUCUCAGAUACGCUGCACACAAUUCUCCCCAACGGCGUGGCGCGGUGGUUCUCGAGCUCCGUCAACGCGGUGGUACACACUUCGUCGAGCAUGGUCCCCGAUGGCGUGAAGAGCGCCGCGAGCACGUUGUCAAACACGGUCGGCGUGGGUGCCCAGCAGGUUGGUGACGCGAUCGACAGGCUGCCUGACUUGGUGGUGAAUGCGAUUCCGUCCGCCGUGAUGUCCGAUUGUGUGAAGCAGCUCUUCACAGAUUUCAGCAACACCUUUCGCAGCUUCUUCCGCACGAAUAUUCUGUCCACGCCCUUCGUGUUCCGCCAAGCCGGGCUGAUCGGCGGUAUCGUACUGCUCUCCUUCGUCGCCAUCACGUCCGAGUACGCGACGGAGGCGUACUUUGGGGCAAAGAACCAGAUGAAGAACGCGCACAAGGUUGUCCCGUGCGGUGAGGUGCCGCUCAUAAUAUGGGGCAAGUGGUAUCCGUUGAUCAACUUUUUCUACGGCGUUAUCCACCUCGUCGGCCUCACUGCAUUCUCGUCGUCGAACGCGGUGGUGCUGCUCGGUGCUAUGGGCAUGAAGGGUAGCAGUGCACAGGCGCUGGGCCUCAUUCUGCCCUCCCUAAUCGUCCUUCCGCUCGUCCUCAUGGCGACCGCACGCAGCCAGCAGCCGCUGGCGAUCAUGUCCAACACACACGUGCUGAACUCGGUGAUUUUGAUGUGUGUGGACUUCACCUACAAGUCCCGGCCGCCCAUGAAGUUGUGGUCCUACUCGCCAUCUGAGUUCUUCGUCGCACUUGGUGUAACAGUGUACGCCUUGACCGGUAUUGGUUCGACGGUCACGGUGGAGCGCGUCAUGGCGCCGCAGCGCUACCUUAAGCUGUUGCGUGUGUCGGUGCCGAUUUCGUGGGCACCUCUCAUGGCCUUCGGGCUCAGCGGCUUUAUUGCCUACGGCAACCACACCUGCUCCGUCAUGACGGUGUCGCUGAAGUCCGGCCCACUGCGGACCGCGGCGAGCGCGUUGCUCUUCUUCGCAUCUCUCACGAUCAUCUCGCUGUGCGAGCUAUCGGACCGGCGACUGCUAGGGAUUACACGGCUCACCCACUACUGGGACAUCACGCCGAACCUGCUAUCUCAUACCUCACUCUGA